GGCAGUUGUCCUCUGUUUGUACUUCAUGGGUUUCCGUAGUUGAAAGUGCGCAUGCUCCCUGUCGCUUUAAAAUAUCUUCUCUUUCAAGGGACCUGAUGAUGAGUGAUAUGCGCCAGUCGUUGCUACGUCGAGAUGCGCUGAGCGCCGCUAAAGAGGUCCUGUACCAUCUGGAUAUCUACCUGUCUGGCCAGGUUCAGAAUAACCCCUCCCCCUCGGUGGACACGCCCACUCUGGAGCUAGUGGAGGAGUUUAUCCUGCACAGGAGGAUGAGUGAAUUACAGGAACUGCAGCUGUUGGAGAUCAUGUGCAGCUGUUUCCAGGAACAGAGUCGAGACGCUGUGAGACAACUCAUCUUCUCUGCCCUGUUCACUCUACAAGGUAACCAGGCUGACGAGAGUCGCAUGGCGUUGCUAGGCAAGCUAGUCUCCAUGGCGAUCGCUGUGGGCAGGGUCCCCAUCCUGGAGUGUGCUGCUACCUGGUUACAGAGGUCCCAUCCUGGCUACUGUAGAAGACUAGUCAGAGUGUUGGUGGAUGACUAUUGUUCGCUACUUCCUGGUUCCAUGGUUCCAACCCUCAACAACCUCAGCUGUUCCUGUCCUCCAUUCUGCUGCCAGUUCAUCACUGCUGUUACCACCCUGUACGACCUCUCUACAGAGGAGUUGACUCCUCCUGUACAGCUGUUACAGAUGGUGGUGUCCUGGAUCCAAGACCAACCUCGAUUGGUCCUCAUCACUCUGCUGAACACGCCCCCCUCCUCCAGCCAGCCAAUCGGCUCCCUGGACCUCACACCGCUGGCUGGGCUGGUGCGCUGGUGUGUCAAAGCCCCAUUGGCUUACAGAAGAGACGGGAAGCAGGACUUGGCCAAUGGGACGACAGAGACUGAGCUGGAGGCAGGGCCUCUCUUCUCUGAGCUACAUCUCAGUGUCCUGCAGGUGUUGCUGCUCCUCCCGGGCGUUCUGAGAGAGAAGGGGCUUCUGGGUCGCCUGGCGUUGCUGCAGCCCGACCAGCUGACUUCUCUGAUCUCUGACCUCUCUGGUCUUCUGGAGGAGCUGAACCCUCUCCACUCGGAUACACAAGCACACAUCCAGCUCACUCUGGAUAGGCUGGCCCAGGCCCUGCAGGUGUCCAUGGCAGCAGGGGCGCUGCUCUGCUCUAGAG